AAUGCUUGGUCAAAUUUCCAGGUAGUCAUUAGGGGAGAUAAUAAUGUGGGCAAGUCGGUUCUUAUGCAACGGUUGCAGGGUAAGCCCUUUGUCAGCACAUAUACACCCACUGCUCAGAUAGAAGCGAGUACAAUCGGGUGGAGAUACGAUCGUACGGGAGAUAUGGUCAAGGUCGAAGUGUGGGACGUCGUGGACCACGCUCGAGUUAGAGCGAAUCAGAAUCCAGGUACAUUAAAACUGUCCAAUGAUAUUGCGCCAAACUCCAGAGCGAAUAUGAAGGGAAAGGAAGCGACCGGAAAAGGCACUAAUACGGCGGGAUUCUCUCACUCAUUCUGUGAUGCGCAAUUCGUCGAUGUGUAUAAAAAUACGCACGGUGUUAUAUUCGUCCUAGAUGUAACAAAACCUUGGACUUUUCUUUAUGUGCAACGAAAUGCAGCACAGGUGCCUGCACAUAUUCCGAUAUUGCUCUUAGUUAACAAGGUAGAUCUGCGACAAGAUCGCAGUAUCACUAACGAAGAACUGGUGGCGUGGACGGACAACAUGGCUUACGACAGUGACCGGGAUGUGCGAUUCGCCGAGGUGUCGUUGAAAAAUGGGUAUGGUCUGCAGUUUCUACACAGCUACCUGUCUCUGCCGUUUCUGCAUCUGCAACGACGGUCACUUACUGACCUGUUGCAGGCCAACGCCGUCAAUUUGCGAGAGACCAGUGCUCUCCUGGACGAGAGCAAGUUACAGUCCCAUGCGGAAUACAUCGAUGCACGGAGACGAAAGUCAUCAGGCGCAAAAGUUGAAGACGGGCAUAUAUCGCAUUUGUCGGCUCAGACACAAGUACGGCCCUCGUCCCCGAUGCUGGCGGAAUCUUAUCCGCAAAAUUUGGGAGAGGCGUUGCCCAGUGCACACGCGCGUAUACAUGCGAAGGAGCAAGUUGACGAAAAUGGCUACAUUCGGGAUACAAAAGAUAGUAAGUCUUCAGUUCAAGAACACCAAGGUGUGAAUAUACCUGACAAACAUCAAGGUGAUGGAAUCGAGGAUCGGUUAGCGUCAUCUGCUGGGGUGUUGGAAGCAUCUAGUGCUUACAGCAAAGAUACUGCAGUUGAAAAUGAUGGAACUUGCAUAGGGGAGGGAAUUGUAAACCCGAUAGACAUAUCAGAGCAAUCUGAGAACAAAGGUGACGUGGCCUUCGACUUACUUAGUGAUUUGGUGCCCAUAGUAAUAGAGUCCGGCGGAGCCGCGCCCAGCGCACAGUUGUCUGAGUUCUAUGGAAGCGCGGACGACCUGAGCACAGACCAGCGUGGAGGCGCAACCACAGAUGUAUUACCCGAUGAUAGCUAUACAUCGGACAAUAUUGUUAGUGCUGGAGAUGGGGUUGCGAGGGAUGUGAUGGAUGAACAUGAGAUAACUGAUCCUGUGGAUGCUACGGCAGAGGGUGACAACAGGUUGCUAAGUGUGGCCGUUGAUGAAGACUUCUCGUACGAUGAGAUGGUGUUCAAUGGUGUUUUCGGUGUAGGGCAACAGAGUGGCACAUCGGAUAGCAGCAGCAGCAGUGAGAGUGCACCGGAAACGAAACCGAAACCUAAGACCGCCCCGAAGAAGAAACAGAUGACCGAGAAAAAGGACAUAGGAAAGCUCCUGAGUGAAGAUCGUAGCAAGGAACGCGCAGACAUCGUUGAAUCAAGGAGAAUACCGACAGGAUAUGCCGAUUUGGCACCGGUCUCAAAUAUGACCGCGGCUAAGGUUCCAGUUAGAGCGCGUGAGGUGCGUGGGUCACAAGGUUUACGAAAGCACAGCAGACACUCUCGAAGAGCCAAAGAUGGUGACAGCAAUGAUGAGAUCCCAAUUCCGCGGGCCAGCAAAAGUACUCCCAUAUCAAACGACGAUCUGGAUAGCUUUUAUGGUGAUUCUGCGAGUGUGUCAGCACGAUGUUCUCCCGCUCAGGCAUCUCAACUAGCUUUUGAACCCAUCCAGAACCAGGAACAUGAGCCAGAAUCCGUGCGCGCUAUGGGUUUGGGGGUGAACGGAUUGGAGAAUCCCCCUUUGAGUGCCCAUGACGAUUUAGACUUGUCUGCUGUCCGCAACGAGUACGUAGACUUUGAUGCGCUUGUUACUGCAAAUACUAACACUUCGCAUUCCAGAGGAAGUACGAGGCAUACACGUAAAAGUAAGAAAUCCAACAAAACGAAGGAGGACAAAAGAGAUAGACCGGGGGGGGUUGCCGGGAGGGAGAAGCAUCGAGAGCGAAGCCACAGAAGUAAAGAGGCAAGCGAUUCUGCAAGUAGUAAGGAGGAAAGAAAUAGCAGUGAAUUACGAAAAAGUGAACACCGACACUGUGAUGGAAGAACUGAUGAAGCAUUGGGACAGCAAGGUAGAGAACGCAGAGGUCGUAGUGAUGAUAGCAAACCCCGCAAGAGCAAAGAGGGAACGGGCGAUGCUUCGCGCAGAAGGCGUAAGAAGAAUAGAGGUUCUGGAGUCGAUGACGAUCGAGGUAGUGAACCGGGAAAAAGUCGGCAUAGAGAUAGGUAGAACAACGCUUCAAACCCAGCAUCUGGGCGGGAAAUGCUAAGACAUCACAGGAUAGAAGGAGGGGUACGUCAAUGCAACGAGACCGCCAGAAGAGAGGCAUCCGAUUAUUUGACAUAAAUUCCAGCGUGCUACUGACAGCAUAAGGUUGUGCGGGACAGUUGUGCCGAAGUAAGCUUCAUGAAACGCGACACGAUGGUGCUCAACUAUCUCAACAAGUCAGCUGCUAUUGUCCUAAUCGAAAAGCGUAGCGUGCUGAGUCCAUGCCCUGACGUUGAACUCCUCGCAAUCUGCAAUGCAAAGCAACCCCCGAUGUGCAACGAUUGGAAGUACUGACAGUAUGGUAGCCACUGGCUCAUAACAAAACAUGUGACUGUAACGCUUCUUGUAUGGCGGUCAGAAUGUGUUGGUAGUCGCGCUCAUCACGGCACGCGUGCUUGCGAUUAAAGUUGGUGGAUUAACUUUGGUCCCAGAAACAGCCGCAAUCGAUAACCAAAUCAUGCACUACAACGAAACUCCUAAAACACACGAGCGCACACGCCUUACUCGGUGUUUCUUGCACGAUUGUAAACCUUGGAUGUGAACUUGCAGCCCAUUGCUCUGUCGCAAUAGUUUGCCCGAGUUGUUGUCUAUUCUUAGAAGGUUUGCAGCUAGACCUUGCAAACACACCGAUUAUAUGCUAAUUCAGCCGCUGUAAUAAUCGAAAGUACAGCGUUUGAAGCCCGUUGAGCUCUGAAUUCGCAAAAGAGUUGAUCGGAAACACCAGCAGUAUGGUAGCUACUGGCUGAAAACAGUACUGUGGCGGUCACGCUUCAUAUCUGGAAGUCUUGUUGUCUAUUAUCCUCAGCUGUAACAUGCAAUCCACUGCCCACUACUAAACCAAGUAGGCUGUCACUACUCACUUCUGCUCCGCCGUUUUCUAGAAUGUCAUGCGCUGUUAGCGUAAUCAACAAAGCUAUGGGCAAUUGGACAGACAAUACAUCAUGUGCAAAACAACCUUUUUUAUCUGACACUCUGUGUGGAACAGUGAGAGGCCUCGUGCUGGCUCUUUUGAGAGAGAGAGACUGAGAGUCUGAGAGAAAGUCUGACAUAUAAAGACAUAAAUUAAAUAUGUGUCAAACAUAGUACAUAUGUAUGUGGUGUUUAAAUGCAUAUAGCGCUCCGUGUUCUCGCUGCCGCCUUCAUAGCCACAACCAUUCAAAUAAAGGUCACAGUCACACAAAUGUUGCACGUAUGCGAGCGUGACAACUAGAAAUAUUCGUAAGCAAAAGUAUAGAGUGCUC